AUGAGAGAGACAGUGGGCGAUAAAAGAGAAAGAAUCGAAUGGGUCGACAAUAAAUUCCUCGCAGACUUGAAUUAUGCAGACGAUGUACUACUGAUGAGCAGAUCCAUUCACAAUUUGCAAACUAUGGUUAGCAGACUGGAGGAAAAGGGAAAAGGAGCUGGAUUAACGAUUACUGUUAGAAAAACAGAGGUUAUGAAAACAGAUCAAGAAAUUGCAGGGAACAUUCAGGUGGAGGACCAAAUUAUGGAAGAAGUUCCUGUUUUCAAGUAUCUGGGGACACUCGUCAGAAACGAUGGAUCACUUGAAGAUGAGUUUCAGGACAGAAUAAGAAGAGGUUAUGGGUAUGCUGGGCAAAGUGUGGAAGUCACAUAG